AUGUCGGGGCGAGGUGGCCGUGGAGGGUCGUCCAGUCGCCGGAGCCGGACCCGUUCCCGCACCGCCAGAGCUGAGCUGGCGUUCUCCGUGAGCCACAUUGAGCGUCUCCUGCGAGAAGGCCACUACUCCCAGCGCCUGAGCUCGUCCGCACCGGUCUACCUGGCAGCCAUCAUCCAGUACCUGACCGCUAAAGUCCUGGAGCUGGCGGGCGAAGAGGCCCAGAAGACCGGCCGCAGGUGCAUCACCCCGGAGCUCGUUGACAUGGCAAUCCACAACAACGCGCUACUGAGCGGCUUCUUCGGGACAACCACCAUUUCCCAGGUGGCCCCCCCCUGGGAUUAG